AUGGUAUCCUCUUCAAUUGCACUCGACAACAUGUCCUCUAUUUCACCUCCAACCCUUGAAGAGAAUCUCAGUCACUCUCACUCAAGGUCACAGGAUAAUGACCAGCGAGACUCGCAAGACACUUUACAACCACGUUCUAGUACGAGCACAGAGAAGGGGAAGGCAAAACAACUAGACGAAGAUGUGAUAGAGUACCCUUGCUCAGAAUCAUACCCCCCCAUGAAUGACGACGCAGCCGAGACGCGACGGGUAGAAGAGAACCUGCGUCGAUGGGAAUUGGCCGAACGCGAACGACGGAGAGCCGCACGAGAUUCCGCUCACGUCAACAGAAGUGGGAGCGGUCCGUCUUUACUCGGAGAAGUAACACGCAGGGCAAGCGUGCUCCUGUCGAAGCGGCCGUCAGUCAGAUCAUCUGCACGAGGGCUGGGUGACCACCGAGCUCUCCAAUCAAGAGACUCCAUCGAUGUAGUACCACUCGACGACAUCGAAAGUCCACCUGCGACUGCGAAUCCGUUCAUACACCCGUCUGAGACAAGACCGGGGUUUAUCUCCCCACCAUUGUCCCCCUUUCUUAAUUCAAAGGAGCGGUCUAGCGUGAUGACUGACUUGGACUCGAAUACGCACUCUUCGCAGCCAACUAUGCUCCCUCCGACGCCAACAUUUAUUCCUCCCCCACAGCAGCUAGGAUUAUCGGCGCCCUUAACGCCACCACCUAAAUCACGCAUGACUCCAAUGAAACCCACGCCUCCACCAAUGUUGCAUCGGGAACCUAUUGAACCCGAACAGGAUGUGAGAUGGUGGCACGAUUGGUUAUGUGGAUGCAGCGAAGGACCAGACCGGGGAGGGGAUAACCAGGCUGGACGCACGAAUCCUUUUGAAUGA